AACGAGGAGAAACGGAAUCUCUCUCUGGGGGGCCAUGUUGGAUUUGACAGUCUUCCUGACCAGCUUGUCAGCAAAUCUGUGACACAAGGCUUCAGCUUCAACAUCCUCUGUGUGGGUGAAACUGGAAUUGGGAAAUCUACACUGAUGAACACUCUUUUUAAUACGACGUUUGAGACCGAGGAAGCCAGUCACUAUGAGAACAUGGUCCGCCUACGGCCACGGACGUACGACCUGCAGGAAAGCAACGUCCAGCUGAAGCUGACAAUUGUGGAUGCUGUGGGGUUUGGGGAUCAGAUAAAUAAAGACGAGAGUUACAGGCCAAUAGUUGAUUACAUUGACACACAGUUUGAAAACUACUUACAAGAAGAGCUAAAAAUACGGCGUUCUCUCUUCAAUUAUCACGAUACGAGAAUCCAUGUCUGCCUUUACUUCAUCACUCCAACUGGGCACUCACUUAAGUCCUUGGAUUUGGUAACCAUGAAAAAAUUGGAUAGUAAGGUGAACAUUAUCCCUAUAAUUGCCAAAGCCGACACCAUUUCAAAGAGUGAGUUGCACAAGUUUAAGAUUAAGAUAAUGAGUGAGCUGGUCAGCAAUGGAGUCCAGAUCUAUCAGUUCCCCACGGAUGACGACGCUGUAGCUGAGAUUAAUUCUGUCAUGAACGCUCACCUGCCAUUUGCUGUUGUGGGAAGUACAGAAGAGGUAAAAGUUGGAAACAAACUGGUGAGAGCGCGGCAGUACCCAUGGGGUGUGGUACAAGUUGAGAAUGAAAGCCAUUGUGACUUUGUGAAACUGCGAGAAAUGCUGAUCCGUGUCAACAUGGAAGAUCUUCGAGAACAAACUCAUACCCGCCACUAUGAGCUGUACAGGCGGUGCAAACUGGAAGAAAUGGGAUUCAAAGAUACUGAUCCUGACAACCAGCCUUUCAGCCUUCAAGAAACAUAUGAGACGAAAAGAAAAGAGUUCCUUUGUGAACUGCAGAGAAAAGAAGAAGAAAUGAGGCAGAUGUUUGUCAGCAAGGUCAAGGAGACAGAGUCUGAACUGAAAGAAAAGGAAAGGGAACUGCACGAGAAGUUUGAACAUCUAAAAAGGAUACAUCAGGAAGAAAAGAGGAAGGUGGAGGAGAAGAGAAGAGAGCUGGAGGAGGAGAUGAAUGCCUUCAACAGGCGAAAGGUAGCAGUGGAAACUCUGCAGUGUCAGUCUUUGCAGGCCGCUUCCCAGCAGCCGCUGAAGAAGGACAAAGACAAGAAAAACAGAUCAGUUAUCACAGGAAACCAGUCAGGAGUCAGCCUCUCCAACUCUAAGGUGAUGAUCGCCAAAGCCAAUGUGGAGCCUUUAAACUGCAGCAGUUGGUGGCACGCCAUACAGUGCUGCAGCUGUUUGGUCAAGAAUGCAGCAUGGCGGGAAGGAUUCCUCUGAGGCAGCCCAUGUAGUAGAUGGGCCCACUUGGACAUCACCAUGGCAUGGAACUGGAGAGAAGAGAAACAUUAAUAAAUAUAUACAGAUUAACACCUAUAUAUAUAUAAA